CUGGCGCUGGCAGCUGAUCUUCGGCCUGCGCCAAUCGUCGAAGGCUAUCUGCGGACCUCAGUGGUGUCCUCACGUCCCGUCGUCCGCUUCUCCUCGCUCUUUUCUUGGAAGAGACAAAAAGUCAACCCACUUCGGCGAACGGUUCCCGGCAUUCGUAUCGACAGUCGCCGACCAGCAUGAACUCCUUCAUACCAAGGGCGUUUCAGCUCGGAGCUGGUGGAAGUCGGGCAAUCAGAAAUGGAACUCUAUUCAGCAAAAUUGAAACUGUAACUCCUGCCUGGAGUAUGGUUUUGCGAGGGUACCAUGAAGCGACUGGGGACAUCAUCUGCCCGGCGAUGAUCCAGGGAAUUGACCACUUGAGGGAUCCUCGUUUGAACAAGGGCUUAGCAUUUUCUUUAAAAGAAAGGCAGGCACUUGGGAUCCAUGGUCUGAUGCCACCUAGGUUUAAGACUCAGGAGCAGCAGAUAGCAGUUUGCAAGUACAGUUUAUUCAAAUAUCAAGAAGAUUUGAAUAGAUAUCUAUAUCUGGCUGAGCUUCACGAUAGAAAUGAAAGACUCUACUUCAGACUUCUGUCUGAGAAUGUCGAGGAGCUCAUGCCGAUUGUGUACACGCCAACUGUCGGGUUGGCUUGCCAGAAGUUCGGCCUGAUGUACCGAAGGCCAAGGGGGCUCUUCAUAACGAUCCAUGAUAAGAACCAUGUCUAUGACAUUCUCAGGAACUGGCCUGAGCCAGAUGUGAGGGCAAUAGUGGUGACUGAUGGUGAAAGGAUUCUCGGUCUCGGUGACCUAGGAGCAUGUGGUAUGGGCAUACCUGUCGGCAAGCUGGCUCUGUACACAGCCCUCGCAGGGAUCAAACCUCAUCAGUGUCUGCCAAUCACCAUUGAUGUAGGAACUAACAAUGAGAAACUUCUUCAUGAUCCUCUUUACAUAGGUUUGAGGCAGAAGAGAAUAACUGGACCAGCUUAUGAUGACUUGAUUGAUGAGUUUAUGGAAGCUGUUGUAAAACGUUAUGGACAAAAUACCCUCAUUCAGUUUGAAGACUUUGGCAACCACAACGCUUUUAGAUUCUUGGAAAAGUAUAGGUACCAGUAUUGCACCUUCAAUGAUGACAUCGAGGGUACGGCCUCAGUGGCAGUUGCCGGCUUGCUCGCUGCGAGGAGAAUAACUGGGAAAAAAAUUUCUGAAAACAAAUUUGUUUUCCUCGGUGCUGGAGAGGCGGCACUUGGCAUUGCAAACCUUUGUGUCAAAGCAAUGGAAACUGAGGGUACAUCAAAAGAAGAAGCAGUCAGCAAGAUUUGGAUGAUGGAUAUCGACGGUCUUCUGGCGAUUGGAAGGCCCGAAGGAAAACUUGAAGGACAUAAAGCUACCUAUGCGAAAAAACAUGCUGUCGUUAAAAAUCUUCUAGAUGUAGUUAAAGAAGUGAAGCCUACAAUUCUUAUUGGUGCUUCAGCAGCUGCUGGAGCCUUCACCCCUGAGGUCCUUCAGGAAAUGGCCAAGAAUUCAGACAGGCCUGUUAUUUUUGCAUUGAGUAAUCCGACAAGUAAAGCAGAGUGUACAGCGCAAGACGCUUACACUCACACUAAGGGCAAGUGCAUUUUUGCAUCUGGCUCCCCAUUCGGCACCGUCAACUAUGAAGGAAAAGUGUACAAGCCAGGUCAAGGAAACAAUGCUUAUAUUUUCCCAGGUGUAGCACUCGGGGUCAUCAUUACAGGCAUCCACCAUAUCAAUGAGGAGAUUUUCUUACUUGCUGCUCAGUGUGUUGCUGAUCAUGUAACAGAACAGGAUUUGGAAGCUGGAAGUCUCUACCCACCUUUAAAUAAGAUCAGGGAUUGCUCAGUUGACAUUGCUGUACAGAUUGCUCAGUAUGCCUACUGCAAAGGCAUUGCGUCAACUUAUCCUGAACCAGUUGACAAAGUGUCUUUUGUCAAGUCGAACAUGUAUGACUAUUAUUAUGACAGCCCAUUACCUGUUGUUUAUAACUGGCCACCAACUGAUGAGUCUUACGAUCACUCAUCUGCUAUUGAGUCUGGUUUCAGCAUAGCACACUAAUGUGUUCCUUUAUUGCUAGUCUUCAUCUAACCCGAACGUAUUCGCCACCUAGUAUUAUUUCUAUUAAAAAAAAAAAAAAAAAUUACACUGUUUGUUAAGAUGUUAUUUAUUCAGUAGAGCACUCAAAUUUUGAUUGAAGGCAAUAAAUAAAAAAUAAACUGUUAAGGAGGUUAAAGUAUACAAUUGAAGGAUAAAUAAUUACAAAAAAUGUUAGCAUUAUAAUAGAUAAUUAAUUUUAAAUUUUUAAAGUAACAAAAUUGUGAUUUGUUUUCAUUUGUAAGUAUUAAUUGUCCAAAGUUAUCAGAAAAAAUAUCCUAGUUUCAGAUCUUUUGUAGUAUUAUCUAUACUUAUGAAAUUAAGUAAGAAAGUCAUUUUUAAUAUUAAUUGUUAUGUUUUACAGUAUUAAGGACGAGAUUAAAUUCAAAAUGAAAAAUUAGUUGACAAAAAUUUAGGAAAUUUAUUUAUUUCUAUUUAUUAAAGACUGAGCAUGGUCUCUAAAUAGUCAGUUUUAAUCUUUGUAUUAUUGUUGUACAAAAAUAUUUAAUUGUUGCAAAAACGUUAUUAAACAUACAUUCUACUAACA